AACACAUUCAUCUCAGAUUGUCCAUUCUCCUUCGCAGCCGUCCUCCUAUCAGAAACCAGUCAACCGCCCACGGUCCGUCAACCAAGUUUCCCAGAUAUGGACAGCAGAGGGGGCGUCGAGUCUUCGGACCUUUCUACAUCGAUAACACAAACUGGCCUAGAGAAACACGCCGUUUCUACAUCAGCUCCCAGCCAAGAAAUCUCCGAAAUCCUGGUGUGGUGGGACGAGCCAGAGGGCGAGGACCCCUCCAAUCCGUUGAACUGGUCUUCCCACAAGAAGUGGCUCAACAUCAUAACGGUCUCUUUGAUCAGUUUCUUGGUGCCCCUCGUCUCCACCAUGCUGGCGCCCGCGGUGCCGCUAGUCAUGGCCGACCUCGGCACCGACUCUGGCACCUUUGCGACUUUUGUCGUAUCCAUCUUCGUCCUCGGCUUCGCCUGCGGGCCGCUCGUGCUCGCGCCGCUGAGCGAGCUCUACGGCCGCGUGCCCCUCUACAACACCACAAACGUGCUACUAGUCGCCUUGACCGCCGCCUGCGCCCUCGCGCCCUCGGCCCCGGCCCUGCUGGCCCUCCGCUUCCUCUCGGGCUUCGUCGGCGUCGCCACUAUCACCAACGGCUCCGGCACCAUCGCCGACCUGAUGCCGCGCGAGAGGAGGGGGAGGGCCGUGGCCGUCUGGUCGGUCGGCACGGUCCUUGGCCCGACGGUUGGGCCCAUCAUUGGCGGCAAGGUGGCUGCCACGGCGGGGUGGCGGUGGAUGUUCUGGGCGCUGGCUAUAGUGCUUGCUGUCGCCACAUUACUCGGGUUCGCUGUGUUUCGAGAGACUUAUGCGCCCGUGUUGCUCGAGCGCAAGGCAGUAAAGCUGCGAAAGGAGACUGGAAAUCCCCACUACCAGUCUAAACUCGCGCUCAGGAUACCGCCUGGCGAGCUCUUCAAGCGGAGCAUUUUGCGGCCGUCAAGGCUACUUCUGCUCUGCCCCAUAGUGACCGUUCUCUGCUCCUACGUUGCUCUCCUCUAUGGCACCCUCUACCUCCUCUUCGCGACCUACUCGUUUGCCUUUGUCGAGGUCUACAACUUUUCCACGUUUGAAGCGGGGCUGGUCUUUCUCCCGGGCGGGCUCGGCACCCUUUUGGGACUGCUGUACCUUGGAAUAAUGAGCGACAGGAACCUGCAGAGGAGAGCUGCUGCCGGGAAGACGCUCAAGCCCGAGGAUCGCCUACCCCUAUUCAUCACACUCCCGGGUGCGCUAACCUUCCCCGCCGGGCUGUUUAUGUACGGUUGGGGCAUCGAGGGCGGCGUCCACUGGAUGCUACCGCUGCUCGGCACCGCCGUCACGGGAUUUGGCUCCAUAUUGAUCUUUGCGGGCAUCCAGACGUACUUGAUCGACGCCUUUGAGCAGUACGCGGCCAGCGCUGUGGGUGCCAAUGCCGUCCUGCGGGGUCUUGCAGGCGCGCUGCUUCCCCUGAGCGGUUUGGGCUUGUAUCGCUCGCUUGGCUGGGGAUGGGGGAACGCUCUCCUUGGGCUUCUGACGUUGGCAACCGCCCCAAUACCAUGCAUUGUCGGCAUCUACGGCGCAAAGCUACGGGCGCUACGUGUAAACCAAAUAGAGCUCUAGUUACAAAUUUCCCCGCGCGCCCCUGUAUCAAAGUCGAAUCCGCAGUUGCUGGCGCUCAUGCCGCUGCGGGAUAGCUGGCCCAAAACGCGCAACCAACUCCUCCUUGGACACACCGUCGAGCUUCAGCUUGGCCAGAUUCCUCCCCGUCUCGGCAUAGCUCGCGCCCGUGGCCAUCUCGACGAGCACGAUGACGGCCGAGAUGGGCGAGGCGUCGACGCCCAGCUUCUCGGCCAGGCCGUGCCAGGCGACCAGCAGGUCCUGCACGUCCUCGGAGACAUUGCGGCUCAGGAUGCCGGCCGGGGCGCGCAGCCUGUUGUGCGGCGGCGAGUUGCGGGCCAGGUCGACCAGGUCGGCAAAGUGCUGGCCGUAGCACUCGUUGGACACCUCGGCCGCGCUGCGCAGGCGGAGGCCCAGCGCGGUGCCUAUGCGGAUGCGGGCGCGGUCCAGCGCCUCCAUGGCGUUGGCCACGGACCGCGUCAGGCCGUCGCGGUACAGGAGAAAGUCGCCGGCCGUGUCCUCGAUGCGGCCGGCGUUCAUCAGCACCAUGAGCGGGUGGAAGACGCCGUUGAUGUUGGACAGGCACACCUCGACCACGCUGCUGCACCACCGCAGCCGCACGCCGGGGAACACGGCCUGCAUCUCGGCCGCCCGGACGGCGUCGUUGCGCAGCGCCGAGAUGAAGACGCACCGCUUCUUGCCGUACAGCUGCAGCACCCCGCCCUCCAUGCGGCACGCGUACGGCGACAGGUUGGUCUCGAGCACGUUGCCCGUUUCGAUGCCGGAAUCCUUGACGAUCGAGAAGAGGUUGCCGGGCACUGCGACGAGCGUGUGGCGGCGCAGGCUGUGCGGUCGGAGCAGCUGGAGCAGCGUCUCCUGUCCGCUCGACGGGACGGCUAGGACGAUGAUGCGGGAGAAGGCGACGGCCUCGGCGAUGUUGGUUGUGAUCCUGAGAUUGAUGAUACCUUCGACGACGCCCUCGACCUUGAGAUGCCCUAUUUGCUGGACCGACAGGGCGUGCUGGAGGUGCGACGGGUGUGAGUAGACCAGUGUCCGCGUGCCAUGCCUCUCGAGGUCUGCGGCCAGAGCGAACCCUGCCGGGCCUGCGCCCAGGAUGGAGACGGAAAAUACACCGUCCAUUGAUGGUGUGCAAGUAGUAGAAAAUAUGGGCAGUAUUUACAGUUCCCCAGCCAGAAUCUAGCAACGUCUACUAUAUACCUCGCCAUCGCUGGAGCUCGCCGAACG